AUGGUCAUUGUGUUUCCCAACCCUGAAACUAAUUUGGUCACGGUGAUCCUUGUCCGCUUUGGUCUCUUCACCUUGUUGGUCUUCCUUCAUCUAUUCGCUUCAAGGACGCCGGUAGACCCGUUGUCACUCCAAGAGGGUACGAUCAUUAACACAAGGCCCGCAAAGACGGAAACCGCCAGCCUAGCAUCUCGCCUCGCCUUGUCUUGGGUCGGUGGUUUAGUAUGGAAGGGAUAUCGUAGCACUGUCGAAGUCCGCGAUCUCUCUGACCUCGCUCAUGAUCAGAAAUGUGCAAAUCUAGGCCCAUCAUUCCGAGCUCAUGCCACCGCUUCUUUUUCACUUCUUCAAAGACUACUGAGGUUCUUCAAGUAUGACCUCUUGCUUCAAGGAGCAUGGGCUGUGAGCAUGAGCGUGGUUGUUUUUCUUCCAGUAUUGUUCUUGCGACUCAUUGUUCAGUAUCUACAAUACCCAGACUCGAUGCGCUACAGCACAGCCUGGCUUUGCGCCUUCAGCCUUCUUGUCGCUGGUCUUCUAACAGGUCUUGCCGAAACACAGUGCGAGUGGGUUGGUCGGACAAUUAGUGCCAAACUACGAGCAAUUCUCAUCGGCGAAAUAUAUGCGAAGUUGUUGCGAAAGAAAAUGACGAAUCUUGGCGAGGAAAGCGGCGAUGAAGACGACUCUGACGAAAAAAACACAUAUGCGAGCGAUGGCAACAUCCUCAAUCUGAUGGCUGUUGACACAACAAAGGUCAGUGAAGUUGGUGCCUAUAUGCAUCUCGUCUGGGUUACUGUGCCAUUGCAAAUCAUCAUCGCGACAUGCUUGCUCUACAACAUCCUCGGAGUGAGCGGAGUCGCGGGCGUCAUACUCAUGAUUGUUCUGCUACCCCUGAACAUAUUACUGGUCAAAAAACAGGGGGAAGCUCAGGGCGAAGUCUUGACCGCCACAGAUGCUCGUGUCCAGGCCAGCAGCGAGCUCAUGUCCAAUAUUCGGAUCGUCAAAUUUAGCGCCUGGGAAAAAGGUUUCAAGACUCGUAUACUUGCGCUGAGAGGAGCUGAGCUCCAGAAAUUGCGCUGGCGCUACAUCUGGUGGUCACUUUCCAUGACUGUCUGGUACUGCAUUCCUAUGAUUAUCACCAUAACCACCUUGUUCUUCUACACUGUUGUUGCCGGGAAAUCGCUGGAGACGUCUAUUGCUUUCCCUACGUUGGCUGUUUUCGCCGUCUUGAGGGCACCUCUCGAUCGUAUUUCAGACAUGAUAUCGUUCUUGCUUCAAGCCAAUGUUUCCGUCUUGCGCAUUGACAAGUUUCUGAAGGAAAACGAGACGACUAAGUAUCGCCAGUUUGAGGCGAGUGACGGGCCAGAACUGGGGUUUGAUAACGCCACUCUCGAAUGGCCGACCGGUGAACAAAAGGUCGACGGAAAUACAACCGAGCAGCUCAUCGACAUAACUUCCGAGCAGCCCUUCAAACUCACUAGUCUGAAAGUCGAUUUCCGGCUGGAAGGAUUGAAUGUCGUAUUUGGACCUAGUGGAUCCGGCAAGUCUUCCCUAUUAUACGCGUUGCUAGGAGAGAUGGAUUUGCUACGUGGUCGAGUGCUGGUUCCUCGCCGGCAGGAUGAUCCUUCGGAUGCAACAUCUUUCUGUCCCCAAGAACCCUGGAUUCAGAAUGGGACUAUUAUGGCAAACAUCCUUUUCGGAUUGCCUAUGAACAGGCAACGAUACCAGACAGUCCUUGAUGCAGUUGCCCUCACUCAAGAUCUUGCUAUGCUCGACAAAGGCGACCAAACACUGGCUGGCGAGAAAGGAAGUCGGUUGUCUGGAGGUCAGAAGCAGCGGGUUUCUCUGGCGCGAGCACUGUAUAGCCAUGCUCGUAAUGUUUUUCUAGACGACUGCCUGAGUGCAGUCGACUCACGCACGGCAAAACACAUGUUUUUCAACGCCAUCAAAGGGCCCCUGAUGAAGGGUCGCACUUGUGUUCUUGCUACCCAUCACACCCAUCUAGCCAUUCCUCACUGCGACUUCGCCGUCUAUCUCGACAACGGUCAUGUCAAAGGGCAAGGCACACCAGAUGAGCUUGUCAAGGCUGGUAUCGUUGCUGCAGACGUCAUGGAUCAAGACACCCAGCAACUAUUGUCAAGCCCUCCUUAUGUCGAGUCCACCUCCCCUUCUGCUUCUGGCACCCCGAGUCCUGUGAUUCCUUCAAAGCCCCCACAACAGGAAGAGGUAGAGGCAGAGGAUCCUUCCGGGGAAGCCGAGCGUGAUUAUGAAGAAGGCAAGUUCAGCGGUGCCGUUAGCUGGGCAGUGAUCAAAUCUUACAUCAUGUCCAUGGGCCCCGUCUUGUACUGGGUUAUCGUCGCCAUAGCGUUUGCGGGGCAACAACUGGCUUCUCUUGGGACCAGUCUCUGGAUUAAGGAAUGGGCGCAUCAGUACGAUCGUUUGCCAAAAGAUACGGGUGCCAUUGAAUCUGUCGACGCGUUGUUCUACCUUGGAAUCUACACUGCGAUUUGCGUUGCAUUCGUUCUCGUUUCCUUCUUCCGCGAUACCGUCACAUUCUACGGCGCCCUGAGGGCGACCGCACGAAUCCAUGAGCGUCUCUUAUCUGCGAUACUCUACGCGAAACUGGCUUUCUUCGACCGCACCCCUCUAGGACAGAUCAUUAACCGCUUCUCCAAGGACAUUGAAGCAAUGGAUCAGGAGCUUGCUCCGUACGCCAUUAGCACAUUUCACAUCCUGUCAUCCCUCAUCAUGGUCAUUGGCCUUAUCUCGGUGGUGUUGCCGGCUUUUCUCAUCGUCGCUGUCUUCAUCUGUCUCGCUUACUAUGCUAUCGCGGCGGUGUAUAUUAACGCCUCAAGAGAUCUGAAGCGCAUUGAGUCAGUAGAGAGGUCUCCUCUAUAUCAGCAAUUUGGAGAAUCCCUGAGGGGGUACGUAAGCGUACACCUUGUCGAUUACUACAACCGCCCGCAUAUCCUACUCUGGGCCAGCAAGGAAUGGCUGUCUUUCCGGAUCAGCUGCAUGAGCGCUCUUAUAUCGUCGUUUGUUGGUGUCUUCAUUCUUUGGGAGAAAAACUCCAUCGACCCCGGAGCUGCGGGUCUCGUGCUAACCUAUGCCGCAACAUUCACUGAGAAUAUCUUCUACUUUGUGCAGCUCUACGCCGAGGUUCAACAGAGCUUCAACUCGGUAGAGAGAAUCAUUGAAUACGGUGAAGUCGAGCAGGAGGCGACUGAACCACUGAAGCUCGGCAAGGCUCUUUCCCCAGGACAACCAUUGGAAACUGGCAUUCGGUUCCGACAGUACACGACGCGAUACGCGCCAGGUCUGGAACCAGUUCUGCAAGACAUUGAUUUUGAGGCGCACGCUGGACAGCGAGUCGCCGUCGUAGGGCGUACCGGCGCCGGAAAGAGUACCCUCACGCUCGCUUUGAUAAGAGGUCUCGAGGCAGAUAAUGGCCAGAUUGAGCUCGACGGCGUGGACAUUGCAUCGCUCAAGAUGGAGCAGCUUCGUCAGGCUGUGACAGUGGUACCCCAGGAUCCCUCCAUCUUCAAGGGCAGUCUGCGCGAGAAUCUCGAUCCCCUGCACCGCCACAGCGACGAGGAUCUAACUGCCGCUCUACAAAGCGUGCGCUUGACUGAGAUGAUGACUAGCACGAACCUCGACAGUACAAUCGGCAGCCUAUCGCUGGGACAGAGGCAACUUCUCUGUAUCGCCAGAGCGCUCGUGCGAAAGUCCCGCGUUCUAGUCCUCGACGAGGCCACAGCGUCCAUCGACCACGACACUGAUGCUCUAACCCAGGAGACGCUGCGUUCGAGCGUGUCGGCUAACACGACACUACUGACUAUUGCACAUCGCCUGCACACAAUCGCGGACUAUGACCGCGUCAUCGUUCUGCAUGCCGGCCGUAUUGUCGAAAAUGGAUCGCCUAGUGAGCUUCUCCAACGCAGAGGUCCCGAGGCCGUGUUCCGUCAGAUGUGUGAAGAGUCGGGCAAUUUGGGAAGGAUUGUUAAAGCCGCUGGAGUAGUUUAAAACGCAGCGUGUGGCCGUGGAUUGGUCGGUAAUUGUACUAAACAAAAUUUGCGCUGCUUUACAAAU